ACAUAACGCACAUGGGUGGGCGCAACCUGAGCUGAGACAAAACGUGUUUGUUUCGCAAAAGUUUUUAUUUCUCUAAGAAUUUAUCAAAUUCACUGCAAUUUGACUGAAUUUUUGAGAGCGAAUCACGAUGGGUGAAGUUUUAACCUUCAAAGGAAGUAACUUUUUGCGACAGAGACUGAUCCUGUCCUGUUUGAGCGCUCGGAGUGUGCGAAUCACUGAGAUCAGGUCCAUGGAUAUUGAACCUGGACUGAAAGAAUACGAGGUGAACUUAAUCAGGUUGCUGGACAAAUUGACCAAUGGAACAAAAAUUGUUGUGUCCGAGACGGGAACCAGUUUGUUCUUCCAGCCGGGAAUUCUGGUUGGCGGUGUCAUCGAGCACGACUGCUGCGUCCACAGAGGCAUUGGCUACUACCUGGAGGUUCUCCUCUCCCUUGGACCCUUCUGCAAAAAGCCCCUUCAGUGCGUCCUUCGAGGAGUCACAAACAACAAAAUUGAUCCAUCUGUAGAUUCAGUAAAAGCAGGAGGGCUGCCUGUUUUGAAAAAGUUCAUCCUUGUCGACGACGGCCUCGAACUGCGAAUUGACAAAAGAGGAAUGCCUCCUGCUGGUGGUGGUCAGGUCAUCUUCAAGUGCCCUGUCCGCAAACUCCGACCUCAGCAGUUCAAUGACGCGGGAAAAGUGAAAAAGAUCCGUGGUGUGUCCUUUGCCCUGAGAGUUUCACCUGCGAUGAGCAACAGAAUCGUCGAAGCUGCCAAAGGGGUACUUUUGAAGUUUUUGCCUGACGUUUACAUCACCACUGACCAUAACAAAGGGGCCAGCGCUGGAAAAUCGCCUGGUUUUGGCUUGAGCUUGGUGGCUGAAACAACUAAUGGUGUCUUCUACACUGCCGACGCAGUCUCGAAUGCAUCGGGCGAAGAACCUUCUGUACCUGAAACCAUUGGUGAGCAGGGCGCAUUUAGACUGCUCGAGGAAAUCUACCGUGGCGGCUGCGUAGACUCAACAUUCCAGAACCAAGCCAUGCUCUACAUGGCGCUCGGUCAGAAGGACAUUUCAAAAUUCAGGACGGGCCCUCUGUCAGAAUACUCGGUGCACUUUUUGAGGCACGUGAAGGACUUCCUCGGGCUAACAUACAAGUUGGAGAGCUACCAAGACGAGGAGGAAGAUUUGAAAUUAGGCGCCUCCAAAGUCAAUGUCACGUGCAUAGGAAUUGGGUAUUCGAAUUUGGGGAUCACUGUUGUUUAGGUAUUAAAUUUUAUAAAUCUACACAUUUCAUCUUCAAUUUCUUUUAAAAAUCCUACAAUUUUCAAGACUGAUCAGCUGUUCCGGUUUUUCAAAUUUUCUCUAAAAUUGUUUUUACUUAAAAUUAGAAAAAAAAAAUAAUAAUAAUUUGGAUUUUUCAAUGAGGUCAUUGCAUACCUCUUUUAUUUGUUUCCAGUUUAAAUCUUGUACAGAAAAUUCUAAGCAGCUCUAACUUAAAAUUUAUACAGAAAAUUGACAUGAAAAGCACUGACAGUUUCAAAAUUAAUAAGCAUUGGAAUGCUUCUUCAAUUCCGGUUAUUUCUUAUUUUCACAACACUGAUUACAACACAUAAUAUUUUUAGACUCCUGCAAACACACAAAUAUUUAUUUGAGUAAGAGCGAGUUUUUUUU